AAAAGUUUUCGUUUACGACAUCGCAUGAUUGAUUGAGAAAAUGAUUGCACUGCAAAGUUAAAAUAACCAGUUUUACUCAUUUUAUGUACAUUAAUUGCCCCUUUAAUGGGAAUUACACGUAAGCAAUUCUAAUAAAUUGAUCUAGAGUUCAAUUCUAAACAAUUUGUCAAAGUGUUUAUGAGUUAACUUGAUGUGAAAACGCGAACAGCAAGUGAUCAAAAGUAUCCAAUUACUACAGUAUUACAACUAGACUUUAACAAUGAGUGCGGCACCGAGUGGGACACACAAUUUCAAAGUGGUUUUACUGGGCGAGGGUUGCGUCGGUAAAACAUCAAUCCUUCUCCGAUACAUUGAAGACAAGUUUAACGAUAAACACUUGACAACAUUGCAGGCAACAUUCCUAAAUAAGAAGCUUAACAUAAAUGGGAAACGCAUCAACUUAUCUAUCUGGGACACGGCUGGUCAAGAGAAGUUCCAUGCACUUGGCCCCAUAUAUUAUCGCAAUUCAAAUGGUGCUAUUCUGGUGUACGACAUCACAGAUGAAGAAUCUUUUGGAAAGGUUAAAAAUUGGGUGAAGGAAUUAAAAAAGAUGCUUGGAUCGGAUAUUGUGUUGGUGAUAGCUGGCAAUAAAAUUGAUUUGGAACAUGAAAGAAUGGUGCCCUUGGAAGAAGCAGAAAGUUAUGCCAAUAUGGUCGGUGCAAAACACUUCUACACAUCAGCGAAACUAAAUCAAGGAGUAGAAGAACUAUUUCUAGAAUUAACCCGAGAUAUGGCCGACCGAUUUGAAAAGAACUCCCAGACUGAAAACAACAGACCAGCGAGAGUUCUAGUUGUCGAAGACGAGACACCAACACAGUCCUCAUGUUGCUCUGGUAACAGGAGUACCUAAACUGGUGAUAUUUGUAUAUUAUUCUCUUUCAAACAAAUUUGUGUAAAUCAAUACUUGAGUUCUUUUGAUGAAACUGAAACAUACAUAACCUAACUAUAAUAAUUGAAAUCGUUAUUAUAUUAUAGCAAAAUAGUUUCAAUAAAAUAUAUUUCUAUUUAGUUUCAUUACAAUGUGUAGAAUUCAAAAUGGAUGUCUUUGUUUAUCUUUAUUACAAAUUUGUUUGAAAUAUGUACAUACAUAGUAUAUUAUCAAUUAUGUUAUAUUGUAAUGUAUUUAUAAAAUAUUCUAUUUAUGACAUGUGAAUUAAAUUAAUUAAUUAAAUUGAUGUUAAACA